CUAAGCUGACGUCUGUUUUCUCAUAUCAUCCAAAAAUUUUAUAAUUUCAAAUGAAGAAUUUGGUGAGAUUGUAUGAAUCAUGAAUGCCUAUAAAUAAAUGUUCGAUGAAAUGCCGAACGAAAUCGGAAAGAAAUCCAGAAAAUUGACUUUGCUCCGAGUCAAUUUGACUCAAUUGAAGUCAACUCUGAAAGACAUGGUAUUACGAAACUGCGAUGCCAUCAUCCUUCUUCACAAAUUCAAAUCAGCAUCAGCUACUAAUCAAAUCAUCAAUCAAGAUAGUAAAAAACCCAAACAUCCAAUGAGAAUCACAGUCAUCUUCUUAAUCUCACUUCACCUGCCCCUUUUCGUCAUUUCAUCUCGAUCAAUCCGCCCGCCCGACCCGCAAUGCACCCGACCCGACCCGAACACCCUCCGCUCCGACCAGAUGACCGUCGUCAUCAACGGCUUCUCGGAGCACCGGAUCCCGCUGCUCCGCUCCAUCACCGCCGCCUACGCCGCCUCGCCAUCAGUCGCCGCCGUCGUCCUCCUCUGGUGCAACCCCUCCACGCCGCCCCGAACCCUAUCCGACCUCACUCAAAACCUCUCCGCCGCCGUGCUCCGCGCGCCCUCCGCCAGCCUCAAUCACCGAUUCCACCCCUGGGCGAUAAUCAGAACCCGAGCCGUCCUCAUCUGCGACGACGACAUCGAGCCCGACCCGAAUUCCGUCUCCUUCGCCUUCAAGGUGUGGGGAUCCGAUCCGGAUCGGGCGGUCGGGUUCUUCGCCCGCUCGCACGCGUUCGACGUCGCGUCGAGGGCGUGGAUCUACGCGAUGGAGACGGAGAAGUACUCGAUCGUCCUCACCAAGUUCAUGAUCGUGAGCGUCGCCUACCUCGAGAUCUACUCGUGCGACGCGCGGUACGCGGCGGCGAGGGAGAUCGUGGAUGAGAUGAACAAUUGCGAGGAUAUCUUGAUGAAUUUCGUGGUGGCGGAGGAGAGCCGGAAGGGGCCGGUGAUGGUGGGGGCGAGGGGCGGCGGAGUUAGGGAUUACGGCGACGCGAGGAACGACGGCGCGGCGGCGGGGGUGAGGGAGGUGGGGCUGAGCAGUAGGAGGGUGGAGCACAGGAAGAGGAGAGGCGAGUGCAUAACAAGGUUUCAUAGGGUUUUGGGGAGAAUGCCAUUGAAGUAUAGCUAUGGGAAAAUGGUGGAUGAUGUUGGGGAACAAGGCUUGUGUGACAAGAGUGGGAAGCUGGUGCUUUGUGAUCAUCAAGAUUUCAGGUGAAAGAUCUUCCAUUUUUAUGCUGUAUUUUAUGUAUGCAUAUUUUGUUUUUUGUUUGAGUGAUCCUUGAAAUCAAAGACAGUCCUUUUGAUGAAGAAUUU